UUACCCGGAAGGGCAUGCGAGGCGCGCGAGCCCGGCUUGCAGCUGCAAGAGGAGCCCGGGCGGUCGGCGGUGCAAGGCUGGGGGAGCGGAGCUCAGCUCGGGGCCGGGCUCAUGGAGGAGCCGGAGCUGUAUGGCAUCGAAGAUGAGUUCGACCAGCAGUUUGCGGACGAGCUGGAGGUGCUGGCAGAGAUGGAAGAUGUCCCAUCUCAGCUGUUGGCCCCAAAAGUCUCCCAGCUCCGGAGCAGAAAGCAGACAUUUGAAGAAGCCAUCACAGCCGGGGAUGGGGUUAAGGACUCUGCUGCUCUAAAUUGCAAGCCAGGCCAGGAAAAGGACUCUCAACACCAGACAAAUGCCGCGGAGAGCGCUGGGGAGGCUAACCCAAGGAAGCGGCAUCUAGAGCAUAUUCUGCAUGAAUCCGAGGAGGAGUGUUCGGGGAGCUUGCCCCCUCGCCAGCCUCCUGCUGUGCUCACUCCUAAGCCAAAGCGGCGAAGACUUGAAGCCGUUAAGAAGCUGAAUUUUGGUGCGGAGGACAAAUUGGCCUCUCCUGAUUUCCCCCAGGACGACAUUACCCCGCCUCCUUCCCCGGGGGACUGCUCCAAACCACAGAGUGCCAGGAGUCCAAAGUUCCUGAGCCCGGAUAGCAUGGAAGUGAGCGACAUGGUUCCGCUGCGCGUGACGCCACCCCCUAAAAAGGACCCGAAACGGGUUCUCAAGCGCCCGCCCAUCCUGGAGGACUAUGUCAAUGUGACUUCCGCUGAUGGCACCAGAGUCUUCAUGGUUCUGAAGGAAGAUCACUCCAGAAUUGGAGUGAAGCUCCCCAACUCUCUGGGCUGGAACGCACAAAGACCACUUCAUUUACUGGGGGUUCCUUUUUCCUACCUAAAGGAGCAAGUGUCUGAAGAGCGUCGGAGGCUGGUUUUGGAGGCAUCGCAGCGGCUGACCGAAAUAUUAAACAGUCCCCUCCUUGGAGAGGCUGGAAAUGAGACCCCGGAGCCUAAUGAGGAAACGGAUGGUGCUGACGAGGAGGAGGAAUCUGCGCUGCACUGCCUGUGGGUCGACAGAUUCACUCCUAGACACUACACGGAGCUGCUCAGUGAUGAUUACACAAAUCGCUGCCUUCUGAAAUGGCUGAAGCUGUGGGACGUGCUGGUCUUCGGGAAGGAAAAACCCGUGAAGAAAGCCAAGCCGAGUGUUGACGCCCGCCCUCCAUUCAAACAGCCCAAGGAGCAGCAGAACAAAUGGAGAAGUAAGGCACAAUUCACAGAAGAGAUUCUGGAAGCUGAGCUGGAUCACCACAAGAGACCCAAAUACAAGGUGGCGCUGCUGUGUGGCCCACCGGGUUUGGGGAAGACCACGCUGGCCCACGUUAUUGCCAAGCAAGCGGGAUACAAUGCAGUUGAAAUGAACGCCAGUGAUGACCGCAGCCCGGACAUAUUCAAAACGCGGAUUGACGCUGCUACUCAAAUGAAAUCUGUGCUGGGGGCCAGUGAGAAGCCAAACUGCCUGAUCAUUGAUGAGAUAGACGGUGCACCAACUGCUUCUAUUAAUGUGCUGCUAAGCAUCAUCAACCGUAAGGACACGGAGACUGAGCCGGCAGCUAACCCUGGUGGAGCAGGUGGCAGAAAAAGGAGAAGGGAAGGCGGCAUCUUAUUAAGGCCAAUCAUCUGCAUUUGCAAUGACCAGUAUGUCCCCUCUCUGAGGCAGCUGAGACAGCAAGCUUUCCUCUUAAAUUUUCCUCAGACUGCACCCUCCCGGCUGGUGCAGAGACUAUACGAGAUUGCCGUCAAGCAGGGCAUGAAGGCGGAUACAGGGGCGCUCACCGUGCUGUGUGAGAAGACCGAGAAUGACAUCCGCUCAUGUAUAAACACCUUGCAGUUCCUUCAUGGCCGAGGCAAGAAAGAGCUCAGCAUGAGGAUGGUGCAGACGAUGAAGAUUGGCUUGAAGGACCAGAACAAGGGGCUCUUCUCCAUCUGGCAGGAGAUCUUCCAGCUUCCAAAGGUUCAGAGACAGAGGAUUGGAAUGGACCCUUCCUUGCCAAAUCAGAUCUUCCUGGGAGCUGAUGCUGACCUGUUAAACAUGUCGGGGGGAAGAGCUGGUCUUAAUGCAUCCACCCAAAGGUUCCAUCACAUCCUGCAUCUCGCCACCUCUUCUGGGGAGCAAGAGAAGCUCACUCAGGGCCUGUACGACAACUUCCUGAACAUGAAGUUAAAGGAUUCCAGUUUCAGCGCGGUGUGUCUGGCUCUGGAGUGGCUAGGCUUCUGCGACAUAGUCAGCAGCACCGUGAUGCACGGCCAGAACUUCCAGUUGAUGAGAUACCUGCCCUUCCUCCCUGUUGCUUUUCAUCUGCUCUUUGCUGCUUCGAGCAUCCCCAGACUAGCCUAUCCCAACAGCCAGUACGAGGCUCUGACCAAACUGAACCAGAUGCAGAAUCUCGUGGCAUCCAUGAUAUCGGGGAUCGCACCUAACUCUCGGAGCCACGCGAGGCCUCAGUCUCUCAUCCUGGAGGCACUCUGUCUGCUCUUAGACAUCAUCUCCCCAAAGCUCAGGCCGGUGAACACGCAGCUGUACAGUCUCAAGGAGAAGCAGCAGUUGGCUGACCUGAUCAGUACAAUGCUGGCCUAUAACCUCACCUACCACCAGCAGCGCACUCCCGAGGGGCAGUAUGUCUAUAAACUGGAGCCAAACGUGGAAGACAUCUGUAGAUUCCCGGACCUACCGGCUCGCAAACCAUUGACGUACCAGGCCAAGCAGCUCAUUGCAAGAGAAAUCGACCUCGAGAAGAUGAGGAGGACGGAAGCUGUGCUACGAGCCCGGAAGGCCAGCCAGGUCUCUGAAGAAAGCCUCGGUGAAACAGAAGAUAAGCCAAGUGCAAAGCCAGGGGUGCCCAAGUCCCACGUCCGCAACCAUGAGCAGCGUCUGGAGCACAUCAUGAAGAAAGCUGCUUUUGAUGAAAAGGAAACCACUGGCCUCUGCUAGAUUUGCCAUCCUCCUCCCAGAAUGCAUCAUUCGGAGAUGCCACUGGUACCAGAACCAUUUGGUUUCACCUGAUAUUCAUGACCGUCCAGAAUGCUGUAUUCUGGGGCACAGUUGGAAGGUUUCAGAGACGAAUCAAGCUACUAAUCAGCCUGUAAUCUGUAUUUCUCCCUCCACAGCCUGGUGAGGAAAAGUAUUCAGCACACAGGGCUGGGCCCGCUUCAGAUUUCGCCAAGGCUUUGUCGCUCGCGCUUGAAAGCAGCUGCUGUUAAACUUGUGAGCAUUGUCUCUGCAGCCAUUGGGCAGUGACCCUCCCCUGGCCAGCACCCACAGCCCGGACUGUCGCAGCACGCUCAGGCGACCCCCGCAGUCAGAACGGGGCCCAGUGUGUGAGUUUGGAUUGCAGCCCUUUGCUGUUAAACCUGUUCCUGUUCAAGUGUUGACGGUACCGAUUUGAGCGGGGCACGGUGAGCCUGCACUGUCCAUGCACCCGCGGCCGCAUCUCUGCCGCUGCAGCUUCCCGUUUUGUUCCGGGCCUGCCCCCAGCAAAGCACCUCCCUUCUAACUUCGAGGCCUGAGACAGACAGUCAUGUGCUGUUACAGCCGCUUAUGGGGUGGGGAUUUGGGGACUACACCAGGUGGAGGUGAGCGGGUGUUUGACAUUAGUACCUCACUCACCGUCUCUAUUCUUGUGGAAACAACACUCGGGGCUCCACGUGCAAUAGCCAGUCUCAUAAACAAGCACUUGAAAGGGGCCCCAAAGUUCCUGCGGCAAAUUUAUUCAUCCCGCAGAGACCAGGCUCGGCUUUUUUCUUUUGCAGAUGAGUUUCUAGGGCAGGUUUCACUAUAUUCUUACAGGUGAUUGUUAAUAAUUUGAGUGUGCCGAGGGGCGCCAGUCAAGGACCAUGUACUAGGUGCAGUACAAAUACAACAUAAAAGUCCGUGCCACAAACUAAGAUGAGAAAACGGAUGCAGGCAGACGGGGGAGUAUGAGGAAACCAUGAGACGAUAUAGGUCAAUGGGAUGGGCAGUGAUCGCAACACACCAGUUGCCUAACCACUGUAACAUUUGUUGUAGGCUUCACAGCAGAGGAGAGUUUUAAAGAGGGUGUUGAAGGAGGACAGUGAGCUGGCUUUGUGGCUGGAGACCUGGAAGGAUUGCGACCUUAGCAGCACACAGGAAGUGAGUCACCGGGCACGGUCAUGACUGUGUGGACUUUCAAAUCUCUGCUAACGAUUUAGCCCCCCUCCACACUUCAGCUAGAGGUUGCAGUGUUGCCGGCUUUCUCAAUAUUUGGUAUUUUGUUUUUAAAGCCCCCGUCCCAGAGUCAGGUGAGUCUGUGCGAAUCUCAGCUUUCAAUAAAGACAUAACCCCCAUAGCAGCUCAGAAACCCCACGGCAAAUAAAAAGAGCCCAGCCUUUGUUGUUUCUCUCGUUUUCUGGGCAGGCUCCAUGUUUGUUUGAGGAUUUGGAGCUGCUGAUGUAACAGGUGAGAGAUUUCUCAGCAUCCCUCUGUGGGGAGCAAUCUCAAAGCCCGAAGGGGUGGGAGCUUUCUGUGGGGCAGAGGAUGAUGCAAAGGCAGCUGCAUCUGAUGCUAUGGGAACAUCAGUCUGGGAGCAGUUGGGUCGGCACUUCUG